AUACACGAGCAGCAGCAGCACGAGAGCCAGUGAACGCGUGAUGGUCCGUAUAUCGGAGAACGUCAAGUGAAAAGUGCACACCGCCUUGCAAGCGUUCGUUUGUUUUCAUCGGCAACGGUCAUCACACAUCGGUGCUGCCGAAGCAAAAGUAUAAGCUGUGUGUUUUGUGUUUUAUUUCGCGUUUUUCGGAUUAUGCGACACGUUCGACAUUUGUACCGCACGUUUCGAUAAUUGCUCGAGCCAACAAUAACAACACGAUCGAAGUAGUAAGACGUGACGAUAAAAGGGAGUAAGAAGUAUUGGUGUGAUUCGCCCGUCCAUCCCUCUCCCGUUUGUGUCAAUUUUCGGCAGUGUUUUCGAGCUGGAACUCGAAGUAUCUCGUGCUUGAGAAGUGUUUUGUUUUUGGAUAUUCUUUUUUUUCUGGGGGCCUUUUACGGGACACGAUGCAAUUAGCGCUACUGGUGGAUACUGCGAGCGGCUGUUGGAACAACUGUGAGUGGUCGCUGGCCAGCGGAAAUUAACACUGCAUUCAUAAAAGGAACGAGGUCCAAAUCUAGACUGGACUUCGACGUAAGAGCAGCGAGUCAAGGAAACAUAAAUAAAACCUCCCGGCGACGCGACAUGACAUCUGUUUCGGUGGUGCGCGCGGCUACGGCUGCGGCCGUGGCCACUACGCAAGUGAUCUCAUUCCACAAUAGAAGCAAUAGAAGACAAGUCAAGGAUUUUAACGACUGCAUAACCUGUUCGCUGUGCGGAGGCUAUCUGAUCGAGGCUACUACUAUAGACGACUGUGUGCACACAUUUUGCCGCUCUUGCAUAGUGCGAUAUUUGGAAAGCAAUAAAUACUGCCCCAAAUGCAAAUCGUACAACAACAAAACGAUCAAGAUGGCUAAUUUAAGGCCGGAUCGGAUACUGAAAUCGCUCGUGUACAAACUGGUCCCAGGGCUGUACAAGUCAGAAAACCAAAGAGUGGCCAAAUUCUUCGCCGACCAGAGCCAGGACGAGCACUGUGGCAGCCGCAAGCCGCCAGACCACGGCUAUCUGGAGGAUCAGAACUUUUUCUCGCCGGAUGAAUUAAUAUGCUUGAAGCUGGAAUAUCAUUACAACUCGAUAGCGGACUACGAUCCGAAAUCGACGAAACUGCCCGUCACACAUUUGCGCUGCCCGGCGGCUGUUACCAUUCACCAUUUGUACAAAUUCAUCCUCACCAAGAACGGGCUGCAGCUGGGCAACGAGCGGAUCCAGGUGGACAUCAUCUACGAGGAGGAGGUUCUGCCGCACGAUUUCACCCUGAUGGAUGUGGCGUACUGUUUUGAUUACAAGCGGGUCUCCCAGAUGCGGCUAUUCUAUCGGAUAUUUAUCCAUCCGACCGCGAAACCAUCGUCGGCAUCCCCUGCGUACAAUGUGGGCAGUGAUAAAAAUAGCAACGAGAAUAAUAAUAGCGGCGGAGGAGAGCGCAGCGCUAAUAAUAGCCACAGCAGCACCGCUGCCAAUCUCAACGAAAGUCAAGGUAGUGCGUCAUCAUCGUCACCCUCGACGUCACCGACCACGUCGUCGUCGCCCCAAAAGGGUAAAAAGUGUGACAGCAGUGACAGUGUUCCCAGCAAGAGUGAACAGUUUGCCAAAUCGGUUGAUGAAGUUGUUGAUAAAGCCAGCAGCAGCAAGAGUAUAACGAGUGUCGAAAAAGCUAAUUAUAUCAGAAGUGCAAAUAGUUGUGCUGCAGCGAGUGAGCGGAAGUGUGUUGAAACCAGUGAAAAAUCAAACACGCCAGCAUUGGCGGAGGCUAGUUGUUACAAAGCGGUGGAAAGCAAAUACGAUAGCAAAUUGAUAAUUACCAAAACAAACAAAGCAGAUAAGAGUGGUGGUGAGAAGAGGGAGAAGGAAACGCUGAAAUUAGUGUUGGUGUCGAAGAAAAGUGAUAGAAAUGACGCGAAAAUUGUUUAUUCAAAGUGUGAUUCAAAAUCGAGCAAGUCUCCUAAACAAAAUAGCCCAAGUUCAUCGGCCGGUUUCAGUGAUUUCAAGCGGCUUCGGAGCAACGAUAUUCGAUACAGUGAUUAUGAGACGCCGUCGAGUUCCUCGAACGUUUCAUCUAGAGCAACUGCCGGUGGCAGCAAGAGUGGAACCGUUCCGGACGAUGAUUCGAGAAAAUCCGAGUCGCAGAAUGUGAGGAAGCAUAAUAAAAUAAAUAAUGAUCACAACAAUAUAAGUGAUUCUAGUGGAAAAAAGUUCUGCGAAGACAAUAGUCGCAGCGGAGCGAGCGGUACCGGGAAUGGGGUCAACAGCCAAACCGGCAGCAACGCAAUACCGACACAGUCUGGUUUGGAGGCAAAAACCAAGCAUGAAAAAUCCAAAUCUUCUCCACGGCGCAAUGAAAACAACGGGGCCGCGGUGGCAAUAACGGCAUCCACCAGCGGCGCGGCUGUUGUGGAAAAGAGUGAAAAGUCAUCCGAGUUAAAGUGCUAUGUGAAUUUGAAGAAACAAACGGUCGUUUCGCCACUUUCAUCCAGUGUCGAAACUAGUGCAAAUCGUAAACCCGAAGUUCCUAAACUGAAAAUUGAGCUACCUAGUCUGAAAACGAAAAUCUCUAUCCCACGGCCGGAUAAUGAAAAGUCGCCCAAAUCGGCGCACACGUCGUCCACGUCCUCUUCGGCGGCAACGUCGCCCGCAGCCUCGUCAUCGAACUCGGGCAAAUCUCCAAUAUGGCCAAAAGCUGACGAUUGCGUCAAAACGGUGGAAGAUCCCCCGAUCGGUAUCGAGGAAUACGCCAAAACAAUUGGGCUGAAACCAGUUCAGAAGAUUUCCGAAGGAGGUGGUGAUGUCAAGAAGAAGAAGAAAAGCUCAACCUCAACCUCUCCUGACCCAUCUUUUCACCGAAAGCGCAAAAAGGCCAAACACUCCAAAGAAGCCGGCAGCAAGCGGAGAAAAUUACACGCCGAAAUUUCCUCACAGCACGAUGAGAGUUUGAAAAUGAAGGUCAAACUGACCGAAAAACCAUCCAAACAUGAGCGCAAAGCGAGCGAGGAAAUCACACCGCAAUCGCCGAAAGAGCUGGCGAAACAAAAUGCGGAAGUUACCUCGUCAUCGCUGCCAUCAGCAUCAGCAGCAUCACCUCCAUCAUCAUCAUCAUCAUCUGCCGUAACGCCAUCGGUUUCUGUUGCACCAAUUCCAUCACCGAAAGACGAUGCCUUAAAGGUUAUUGACAUUACAAAGGGCGAUGACGAUGAUGAUGUAAAAAUUAUUGAGCAUCCCACGAUGGAAGGUUUGUGUCCGACGACGUCACUGACCACCACCACUGAGUCGGUGAAAUCGAGUGUCUGUGAAACAACAGUAGCAAUGAGAGUAAACGAACUCCCGAAGCUGCCGUCGCUGGCUGCUGCGGAAUGCUCCACAAAAGCGAAAAUUAAUGAGAUGAGAGCAAUACGUCACAAGCCGAUGGUUUACAUUCCAAAUCUCGAUAAGAACUUGUCGGACAACUCAUCCACUAUAAAUAGCAUCAUUGAGAGUGUGCAGGCCAAAACGGGCUUCAUUGACAAGGAUAACGACGUCCAAGUGGUUCCCGUAAGUAAGAGUGGGUCCGAUAAUGGCGCAAUUUCGAAAAUGACUUUGCCCGGCAAAGCGACGUCUGCUGUUACUACUAUGAAGCCCCCUGCGAUGACUUUAUCAUCUGCUUCUAGCAGAACUGCUGUAGCUGCGAAUGUCAUUUCGAGACCACAGCAUAGAAUGAGUGUGCAAUCGCAAGUGUUCAGUCCACGGCACACUCCAAACUAUCCACCUUUGGUUCUGCAAAGUUCACCGAAGAAAAUCACCCCAACUAACAGUACAAAUGUUUACCAACCACGGAACGUUAAUCCUGCUCUGAAGCGGUCUACAAGUGUUGACAGUGGCUCUACUUACAACUUUCCUCCCAAGACACCCCGAGUAGAUCUGAUGGAGCUGAAUGCCCAAAAUCGCCUGAUGAAAAAGCCUAUCUAUGCGCCAAUGUUCAACUUUGUGAAAGGAUCCAAUUUAGCUAGGAAUGGGAAUGCUAAUAUGCCCGUUUCGGCGAACGAUGUACCUUACAAAUCUUCCAUUAGUUCGUCCUACACAAAGGAAGUCAAUGCGAAGAAAUCUGUUCCAAGCCUUCUGCUACCUCCUUCUUCAAUCAGUGUUACCAAAAUGACAGACUCCGUUCCCCAGCCUCCACCUCCGAUUGACAACCGUCCUGCGUUGGAAAUCGUACGAAUACCAUCAACCGCGCCAGUGGCCGACAAACCUCAACCAACCUCAACACCUCCAGUGGUCCAAAAGUUAACCCUCACGCCAAAAACAACGAGACCUCCUCCGCCGACAAUUCCGCUAAUCAAAAUUAAGAAAUCGGCCUCUGUCCCGGAACAGCCAUCCUCGCCAAUAUCGCCUUCGGUUUUUCAAGUUACCAGUUCAAACGCAAACACAGCAACCAAUUUGUCCACAAGUUCCGCAUCGCAUCAGGAUACCAGCGGGGCGCUGGACCUAACGACACGUGCAAGUGAUGAUUUGAUCAUUCUCGAAAGCAGCGACAGCUUAACAUCCAAACUGAACAAUGGCAACGAACCGAAACAGAAGUUGAUUAAAACUCAGACGAGCUCCGACGCGAAGUCGAAUUCCAACGCUAGGAUUGAGAUCGAUAGCAGCCGGCUGGAAUUAAUCAAUUCAUUAAUUCAAACAUCGGCCACAUCGAUGAUCAAGGCGGCGGCUGCAGGAUCGAGCGUGAUGGCGGCAAAGUUUCACAGCAGUGGCAUUCCCGGGCUGAAGCUUCCCGCCGAUAUGAUUGGCUUCGCCAUCAGUAGCCCCAACAGCAACAGCGUUCCGAAGCUGGGAAUAACGUACAGCUCGGCACCAACGUCAACGAUAAAAUCGAUACCGAUGCCACGGCUGACCGAGAUCAAUCGCAAUCGGAACGCUGCAGUUCGCCAACCAAAUCCAUCGGUGCGAAGCAUUCCGAAUCCAUCGGCGCUGGCAUUUCGCAAUCAGACGAUUGCGAUAAGCAGUUCCUCUUGCGUGAUGCCGACAGCAGCAUCCUUCUCGUCGUCGUCCGCGUCGUCCGGUAGCACGAUAACAUCGCUCUCACCCACGUCACCGGCGAAAAUCAUGAACGUAAACAUGAAAAUAAACAACGCAAGCACGACGGCAGGACAGAAAUCAAGUGUGAAUUAUAACGGCACCGCCAGCACCAGCAGCAGCAAUAUAACCGAUACAUUUUCCUCCUACGGCUCGUCGAGUAAAACAUAUACCAGUGCAAUAAGUACCACCGCCGCCACCAGCAACACCAACACCAUCAUCACCAUAUCAAGUGAUACAAGCAGUGAAGUGGUAUCGUCUAAUUUGAAUGGAAGUAAUAACAAUAACAGCAGUUCCAUCACCAAUAACAACAACAACAAUAUCAGAAACGACGGCGUUAGUUCGACCAGUGGCGGCGGCAGCAAUAACAGCAAAAAGACCAUCGAGAAAGUGGCGGCCGGAUUGAAAGCGGCUGCUGCCACAGCAACGACGGCGAAUGUGGCAAACGCCGCUACCAGUCGUGUAAGCAGCAACGGUAACGCCGCCGCUGGUAUCAACAAAAACGGCGUAAAUGUUGUUUAAACAUACGAAACAACAUUGGGAGAGAGAGAGGGCUUAGCAAAUCGUGUGCAAUCUUAUCUGUGUGCGAACCAGUUUAAAGUUAGGUGAGACAAAAAUAAGAAUAUAAAACAAAAACAAAGUGAACUGAUGAUCUGCCGAAAAGAAUACACCAAAGGAGACCCACUAUCGAAAUGGAAAUGAUUCAAAUGAAGUGAUUGAUUGACAGCAUCACUCCGAUGAGCACAACAGCGUGGAAGUAAAACAUGACGCGCGACAAUGUCGCGAGUAUCGAAGAAGCACGGAAAGUGUUGUUAACAACUAUGUUGUAGAACUCUAAGUUCACCGCUGAUUGCGCAACGGCUAGCCGCCGAUAGUCACGUGUCAGAAGUUGUCAGUCGUUUAGUAGCCGGAGAGUGACAAAUAUGAAGGAGAACUGUGUUUUUUUUUCUAUCUGUUUUGCUCCGUCUGUCAUGAGUUUGUCCCCAAGUCAAGACUAUUCCGUAAGAACGUCCAACUCUCCAAAGAGGAGACACAUUGGACUUGCUAGUGAGCGAUUCCAUUCUCGAAUUCGAAGGUUGACUUUUUUCUGUAUUUUUUAUUUGGCUAAAAUUUAACAGACGCAUUGUUUAUGACCAAAAAUUACACUUUGUAUCAUAGGUUUUCCAUUUUAACUUGAGCCUUACUUUUUAAGGGUUUAAACAAGUGCCUGAAUAAUUUCAAGAAAUAUACCUCAGAGAAGGUUGGUCCGAUUGAUUUGGUGUCUUCCGCAGUGUUUGAGGAUAUUAGUGGGACUCUAUGGAGGAAGUAUGCACUGUUAAAAAAAUGUUUCAUUUCUAUUUCAUUACGAAAAAAACGGUUGAAACUCAGUUUUAUUCAAAAAGGUGUUUCUAAUUUUUUGAAGUAGGAUUAUGUCUUCCGGGAACAAAUUGCGGUAUGUUAUGUACAAAUAAGAAAACAAAAGUCGAUCGCAUUGCUGAAAAUGUCCAAUUUGAAACGCAUACUACUCAGACAUUAGAUUUUUGCGUCAAUCGAUUUGAGCACUCAAUAAAAAUUUUGACAUUGAAGAAAAUAAUACUAUCAAACAAUUGAAAAAUUUCAACAAUUAUCCUAUCAAAAAUCCCGGGUUCUGAUUGGUCGAUUUACAUAGGCAAUCUUUGUUCACACAUUCAGUGCAUCUGCCCUCUGUAGAAAUUAGAAUACGGGACUGUAUAAUGAAACAUGAAAUAUGAGUUUAAUGCACGAUUUUCUGUUGAUGUGCGAACACAUUCUUCAUGUAAAACUGCAAAGUUCAGUGUCCUUUGGCGAUACUGUUUAUAAAAAAUCAUUAUGCUAACGUUUUUUCUUCUCAUCACACAUUUCUUGAGGCUAAAGAAAAAGCAUAACCGUCUCCAGGUUCCAUCAAAGUUAUUGAAGUGAGUGCGGAUGUGAAGCUACAUAGUUUAUUUUUGGAUUUGAAUGCAUCCCUUAUUGUUGAAGCCUUUAACAACAACCGAGUACUAAUAACUUUCACUGAGACAGAUCUCAAGCUUUCAGUGGGGUUGCGAUGAAAGUGAUGGACAUUCCCAUGUGGUUAUCUCUACAAACCGAGCAACUAUGCCUAAAAAUUUGAAGAAAUUUCUCGAAUUAGUAUUGAAGCUUUUGGAGCAAUCUUUUGUUGAUUUUUAUAUUCGUUUUAUCAGUAAAUAAAAAUAUAUCACUCAUAAAAUAACCACCCCCCCCCCUUCCCCCAAUUUAUAUAAUUUUUUUCAACACAGUUUAAAUGCAAAGAAAUUGACCCAAAGUACGGAUUUAAAACAACUCUAAACUGAGGAGUGAUAAUAUUUUUUGGAUUUUGAUUCAUUUUCUGGCAAUUGUGCUUCCUAGCGAUGAUAUUAUGAACUAAGCUUUGGUCACCCCGUUUUGGCCAGGAAUCAUAAAACCAACUUUGCAGAAGACAUCAUGUUUCGAAAAACUAUUCCUGAGGAAUUAUUAUUUUUACCUCCAUUUGAUUAUUUUUGGAUCAAUUGAUAGCGGUAAAAUUGAGAAUUUAACUAUUGGGAUAUCUUUAUAUCAGCUCUGCUGAAGACAACAUGAUUCUAGAAAGCACUCUGAGGAUUUAUUAUUUUUCCCCGUUACGAAAUUCUUCCAAUCACAGCACGCCCUAUCGGUGAUAUUGUGUCUCCCCAUGAUGGCCAGGAAUUCAACCUUGCAACUUUGCUGAAUACAUCAUGCUUCUAGAAAGCAUCUCAUAGGAGCUAAUAAUCUCCCCCCGAUUUGAAGAUUUUUGGACCACUGGGAGGUCAAAACUUUCCUGAGAAUCCCAAUAAUAGUUAAGGAAUGAAUUGUAGGAAAUUAUUUAUGUUUUAAAUUGAAAAAUAUCAGGCAAAUUUUCGAAAAAAAAAAUUGGAAAAAAAUAUUUUGAAAACUUAAAUUCUUUUUUUCUCGAAAUUUUUUUUUAGUUCUGAAAAAGUAAAUAUGGAUAGGCCAUAAAAUUUCCAACAAGUCACCCAUACAUCGGAAGAUGGGUACUUUCACAGGAAAAAAGUUUUUCGAACAACAACUUUUUCAUGUUUUUCUUCAAAAAAUUACUAUUAAUGAUUAACUCGUAACAUUUUUAUGCAUAAAUUAUCGCAAUUUACAUGUUCUACUAACUUUUUUCUGUUUAGCAACAUGUCAAGAACAUGUUAAACGCGUGAAUUGACACCCAAAAGUAUUACGAGUGGAAAGCAAUCACAUCUAUCUCUCAGCUCACAUUUCUUCUUGCUCCCUCAGAGCAUAUAACGGUAAUAUCAGUGCUUUCACGCGGAUUUUCCAAUUAACGCAAAUUUUUUACGUGGAUUUUUUCACAAGGUACGUAUCCACCGCGUAAAGAAAAAGUUUAUAAUGGGUCAUUUUCUACCACCCCUCGUGGUAGGUUUAGUGUUUAACAAAAUUAGGAUUAGUUGUAAUUUUUUCAAAGAAAACAUGAAAAGUUGUUGUUAGAAAAACUGUUUCGCUACAAAAUUGUGUGUUUUUUUUUAAUGAAAAUUCAAACAAUUUCCUACACUGCCGUAAUCUCGCGAAGUGACGCAAGCGCCAGAGGGAGAAAUUUUCAGUACGAUACUUUUCGCAAAAUUGCAUGUAUAAUCAGCACACGCGUACAUUACGAAAAUCUGAUCUGUACAAAUUGUGUACAAUUGAUGGAAAAACAUUGCCAUCGGCUCGAUUUUUGAAAAAAUGCAGUUUUAUUUAAGCCAGUUUGUUGUGAAAACAGCAAAUUUUAAUCGCUGUUUCCACAACCGAUUGGCGUUCAUCCAUCAAAGUAUGGGAGAAUCUGUUUCCAAAUAUUUUCUACAACAUGCCACCGUUGAGUGGAGCAUUAGGUAGCAUCAGAGAGAAGAGUUCAACACAUUUUCCGUCUUUGUAGCGUGUGUCAAGCGGGCCAACGUAGUUGAGAGCCCGAUUGUAACAACUAUGCCUCAGCGACUCAUGUGUUUACACCCACAACUGCUAUCUGAGAUUGUGCUGCCAAUGGCCAGUCGACUUGGCUUGAAAUUCGUCUAUCUAUCUGUUCCGAAGCCAUUCGCGUUAUCAGUGGUUCAUUAUUAACAUUCGAAUUUGGUGUGGAACAAAGAUACUUUAUUAGGUUAGGAUGCCAGAAAUCAGAUUGAAAUAAUUAUAUUUCGAAUUAAAAAUAACUAUUCGUUGUUUUUUGAAUGUUGUCCCAACUCUUACUUUACCAUUUGUCUAUACAUUUCCUGAUAUUAUCACAAAAGUUUGUAAUUAUAAUAUAAAAUCAUUAUCAGACUCAGUUUUUUGUUCAAUAGUUUUCAUAAUUUUCGAAAAAAUAAAUGAGUUCCUCUAUUACGUAGAAUACAUAUUCGAUACGGAAAUGUAAAAUUUUAUUUAUAAUUUUCAGUUUAGGCGUUUUAUUAAUCCCCCCUAAGGCAUCGCAGAGUCUUUGCCAUGCGAUGUUGCAAAAAAUGGCAUUCAACAUCUAUAUCAUAGUUAUUCUUGAAUUGGCAAAGACUGGAAAAGUUUUUUUCUAUUCUUAUAUUGUGUUGCAGCUCCAUCGGACAUUGAAUACAUUUUGUUCAAAUUAGAGUGCUUCUCUUGACGUGGGAAUCAAUCAAUUUUCAGAUGAAUAAGUUAACAAAUAUAGAAUCCUAACGCAAAUACUCGGAAAUUACUACAAAACUUAAAUGAUUGAGCAUGCCUUUUUCCUUGAAAUAUAUUGAAAAUGGAUGAAUAGUCGCUUGACAUUUUUCUAAGUAAAGUGUAUCAAGGCAAUUUUAACAUCGACAAUCUACUGAUACGUUAUUUUAUUAUUUUAUAAACUUAGUAUGUUUUUGUUCUUUUUUUUCAUAACAACUUUGCGAUAAAUAAUAUUUGUUAUGGGCUGCAACAUCCAAAACAUUUCAAACAUCAAAUUGUUAUUUUCUGUGAAAAAAUAAAUAAUAAGAUUUGUUAUAAUGUAUAUAUUUUUUACACAGCCUCAUAACAUAAAAAUUAUCCACAUCACUUAAUUAUUUCAAGCAUUGCAGCUGAAAAUUAUCUACUCUUUUAGGAAAAUUUACUUCUAGGUUAAAAAGACUCGAAAACAUUCGAAAACGUCCAAAAGUUGAGAAUUUUCAGUAAAUUUUAUUUUAAACUCACUGUAUCUCAGAAAAAGUACCAGUUUGCCGUGCUCCUUAUUGACUGCAUAUUAUGCGUAUUUUCAUAAAAUCAGGUCUAAAAACAUUUAUACGAAACAUUUCAACAAUUUUUAAAAAUCCUACUUUUUUUAAAACAUUACAACGUUUUUGUCCUUUUUUUUAUUUGGGCGCACUGUGCAAUAAAUUUCAAUAGUUGUCAGGUACAACAACAACAACAACAACAACAACAACAACAACAACAACAACAACAACAACAACAACAACAGCUACAACAGCUUCUUCUUCUUCUUCAAUGGCACUAACGUUCCUAGAGGAACUUCGCCGUCUCAACGUAGUAUUACUUGCAUCAUUUU